AAGAGUGCCACUUUGAAACUCAUUCGGAGUAUCAGACUUCCAAAGCAUCACCACCUUUCCGGUUCUCCGCUUCGCAAUAUUCACAUCCUCUAAUCCCUUCUCAAAUUUGUCUUUCUCCCACGCGAUACCCUUACAUUUAAAAAGACAAAAAUGAGUAGCGACCCUGUUCCAUCUUCAUUUGAGGGCAGCCCUCAGUUCGAGGAGGAAACUUCCUUGCAGAAGUUCCGUAGACGUCUCAAGGAGGAACCCCUGAUUCCGCUUGGAUGCGCAGCUACCAGUUAUGCUCUCUACCGCGCCUACCGAUCGAUGAAGGCCGGUGACUCGGUCGAGAUGAACCGGAUGUUCCGUGCCCGUAUCUAUGCCCAGUUCUUCACCCUUAUUGCCGUCGUUGUCGGAGGCAUGUACUUCAAAACGGAGCGACAGCAGCGCAAAGAAUUCGAGCAGAUGGUGGAAGAGCGCAAGAGCCAGGAGAAGCGGGAUGCCUGGCUGCGUGAGCUGGAGAUCCGUGACAAAGAGGAUAAGGACUGGCGGCAACGUCAUGCGGCUAUGGAAACCGCGGCCGCGGAGGCAGGAAAAAAGGCUGCUUCUAAGCCUGUUGCUGAGCAUGAUGCUGCUCGCUCCGCUAUCGAGCGCUCUGAGGAGAAGUCCAUUGGUGUGUUAGAUGCAGUGAAGGAGUUGUUGUCGAGGAGGAACUAG